AUGUUUCUAGUUGGGAGCCUCGUUGUCCUCUGUGGGCUGCUGGCCCAUGGCACAGCCCAGCUGGCAGGUCUGCCUCUGCCACUGGGCCAGGGCCUGCCCCUGCCCCUGGGCCAGGGUCUGCCUUUGGCUGUAAGCCCAGCACUGCCUUCAAAUCCCACAGAUCUUGCUAGAAGCUUCACAGAUGCUGUCAGUGAUGGCCUGCUGUCUGGAGGACUACUGGACAUUUUGCAAAAUAUUCCACUCCUGGAUGUUAUAAAGUCUGGAGGAGGCAAUUCUAAUGGCCUUGUUGGGGGCCUGCUUGGAAAACUGACGUCAUCAGUUCCUCUCCUGAACAACAUCCUUGACAUAGAAAUCACUGAGCCCCAGCUGCUGGAACUGGGCCUUGUGCAGAGCCCUGAUGGCCAUCGUCUCUACGUCACCAUCCCUCUGGGCUUGAAACUCAAAGUGAAUAUGCCUGUAGUUGGAAGUCUUUUGGAAUUGGCUGUGAAGCUGAACAUCACUGCAGAAGUCUUAGCCGUGAAAGACAAUCAGGGGAGGAUUCAUCUGGUUCUUGGUGACUGCACCCACUCCCCUGGCAGCCUGAAAAUCACCUUACUCAAUGGAGUCACUCCUGUUCAAAACUUUUUAGACAACCUCACAGGGAUACUGACUAAAGUCCUUCCUGAGCUGAUCCAGGGCAAGGUAUGUCCUCUGGUCAAUGGGAUUCUCAGUGGUUUGGAUGUUACCCUGGUACAUAACAUUGCUGACUUACUGAUCCAUGGACUACAGUUUGUCAUCAAAGUUUAG